AUGGAAAGCUCACCCAUGUUUAUAUUGUUAUUCCUAAUAGGAUUACUUAGUAUUUCAUCAUCAUAUAAUAUACGACAUAAUGAAUCUGGGAAUACCCUUGAACACAAAUAUAAUAAUUAUAGGAAGGAAUCAAAUUCCAUUAAUUCGAAUCAUUUAGCUACAAAUGAAGAAGAAUUUCCACUUGAUUUUAUAGAAAAUGGAUUUUACGGUCAAUAUCAUCAAACGAAUUUUAUAGAAUCAUCUGCAUUUUUAGCAAAUAUGAUGCAUGAUAAAGAAGAUUUAACUUAUACAAAUAGUGAAUCUUACAAAAUAACAGGAACAGUUAAAGGGAUAAUAGAUGGAUAUCCUGUUUCAGUAGCAUUAGGAGCACAGUAUUCUAAUAAUUUCGAUUAUUUGCAUAUAGAAAAAUUAACUGCUGACAAUCCACAAUUUACAUUUAAUGCUAAAAAGGGAAGAUAUUACAUACGUACAUUUGGUGCAGCCUAUAUGACCCCUAGUUCAAUAAAAAUUGUUGUACCAUGUGAUAAGUGUAAAUAUGUAAACUCCAAAUAUUCUGAUGAAAUAAUAAUAGCACCUUAUGAAAACGAUCCAAGUACUUUUAUAUAUGAAUGGGAAAUACAAUCAUCUUCUCCUAUUCCUAUGGAACAUAUAAAUACAGUUCACAAUGAUGAUGCUGAAUGGUCUCAUGAUCAUGAUUUGUCAAAUGAAAUAAAAUUAGACGGAUCAGGUAGUUCAGCACUAUUAAAAACAUUUUUUGGGAUAGAAUUAUAUGGUUUAUGGGGUUCUGAAUUUUCAGAUAGAUUAAUACAAAUUUUAUCUCGUUUUCCUGACUGUAUUAAAAUGGAACAGUAUAAUACCGAUGCUCGAAAUUCUCAAAGGAAACCUCAAAAAUGGAUUUUAUUCCAUGGUGACUUAGGAGCUUUUGAUAUGGAUGUAGAAGUUUAUGACGAUGCCGAUUAUAAUGAUUAUAGUAAAAUAGUACGAGUAUCAAGUAGUGCUUUUGGAUACUCGAAAAAAUUAGUUAAAACAUCUGAGAAAAAUGGGAUGUUUUUUUCACGAAGAUUAGAAAAAGUAAUUAUAAGAGCUAUUUUAUCUGAUGAUUAUAAGUUAUUCACUAAAUAUUUUGAAGAAAAACAUGGAGUUAUGUUAUUAGAUCCUAGUUUAGACAGACAUUUAAUAGAACAUGUAACUGGAUAUUCACAUGAAGAAUAUCAACCAUGGCAUCAAAAUGUUGAAGAAAUUGUAGAAUUAGCUACAUCAUGGGACGAAUUACCACAAGGUUUUCAAAAAGUUCCUGGUUUAAAAUAUUUAUCAAGAAGAAAAAAUGGAACAACUCACCCAGUAUAUCCCACAGCACCCGCAGUAGCCUUUCCAGCAGGUUCCAAUGUAAAUGGACUUCUUGAAUUUAUGGAAUCGGCGUUUGUAAACUAUAAAGAUAUUUCUCAUUUAGUAAUACAUGAAGUUGGUCAUUUUAUAUAUACAAAUACGUUAUCUGACGAAUUGAAAGAAAAGUGGAUAAAUUUAGGCCAAUGGUAUAGUGAACCGUUAUCACCUAGUCAAUGGGCAACUAAAGAUGAAAUCGGUUUUGUUUCUGCAUAUGCACAUGAUAAAACUCCAGGCGAAGAUUUUUCAGAAUCAAUAGCUUCAUUUGUAUUGAAUUCAAGGUUAUUAAAUUCUAGAAGCAAUAGCAAAUAUGAAUGGAUUAAAAAAAAUUUAUUUAACGGCAGUUUUUAUGUAACCACUGGAACCCAUAAAUUUGAAGUAAUCAAUUUAGGUAAUGGUGCAUUUUAUUAUCCAGGAAAAGUUAAAAAAAUACAUGUAGAAGCAUUAGGAAGUUCAUCUGAAACUAAACUUGUAAAGAUUGAUAUUAAUUUAAUGUCUAUAGAAGGAAAAAAUAUAGGAUGUGCUAGAAGUGCCUAUGCUAGAUUUUUUUCUGAGCAAGGAACAUACAGAGAUGUGUACUUUUUUGCAAAACAAAAUGACAAUACCGUUAGAUCUGAUUGCGGCCAUCAUUUAUAUGCAGAAUUUUCUGUAAAUGCAUCUGAAAGUAAAGGAAAAUGGGUCGCUGAAUCUAUAUCAUUCACAGGAAAAAAUAAUAUAGAACGUUAUACAGGAUUAGGUUCCUUUCUGUGUUAUGUAUAUAUAAAUAAUGAGAAUGAAGAUGUAGAAGAACCAAUCCCAUUAUUAGAUUCAGCACGUGUAUAUCCAUAUGAUGGUAAAAAUGGUGAUGAUUCUUUAUUACGAUUAAAUAUAUUAGUUUUAGACAAUUCAAUGUUGUCUAUACACGGUGGAACAUAUGCAAGUUUUGCUUCUAGUGAUAAUGAAAGUUAUUCAUUUGGUAAAUAUACUUAUAUGAAUUACGAUUCGGAAUAUGAUGUUAAUAAAUUAAAUACUGAUUAUUUUGUGAACAAUAUAGAUACUAGUGGAUUUAGGGAAGUAAAUAUCAAUUCAUGUAGUGCAUAUACAACAAUGGAUGUAUCUAAUUUAAAAUGCUAUCAGGUUAUCAACCCAGUCCCUAUACCAAAAUAUUGCAUAGGUAGCAGAUAUUACUUUAGACAGUUUUCAGUAGAAGAUGAAGGAAGAAAUCAAAAAAUUUUAAAUGUUUCUACAAAUAAUUUGUUCGCUGAUUUAAAAUCAUCAGCAAUUAGGGACAGUGAUGGACCAAUAAUAAAUAAUGUUAAUAUAAAAAGCAGGCAAGUUAAUCCAAAUCAUGAUGGUGAAACAGAAGUGACACUAGAUUUUUAUAUAUAUGACAAUUUAGCAGGGGUGUAUAGUGCAUAUGUAUUUUUAAGAGAUCCACACGGAGGUGUCCAUUAUUUUGAUAUACCAAGAACUUUAUUACCUAAUGGUAGUGAAGUUAAACAUAUCAACCAUAUAAUUAUGCUACCCAAAGGAUCAAUGGCGGGAACUUGGAUACUUGACAAAAUUAAGGCAUCCGAUAUCUGUAAAAAUGAGACAACGGCCACCUAUAGUUACAGUGUUUUCGUGGACAAUUCAUAA